ACGUGUCUCCGACGGGGUCUACCGAUCGAGAAUCCAAUUCUUCUCCGCCCCGUAUCUUUUUUCUCUCUUUUCUAACCUCCAUGAACUAGACCAAUUCACCAACGCAAAAAUGGGGUUCACGCUAAAAUCACUUCUCCGCCCGCUCCUCUCCCUCCUCAUCCUCGCGCAGCUGACAUCGGCGCUCCGAUUCGAUCUCCCCGCUGUCUCCGGCCACAGCUCAAAGAAUGAACGGUGCAUACGGAACUUUGUGCUGAAGGAUCAGUUGGUCGUGGUGACGGCAAUUGUUGAUGGGAAUAGGGGGGAUGGACAGAUGGUCAACAUGCACAUCAAGGAUGCUCUUGGCAACGACCACGGCCGUCCGAAGGACGUCACCGGCGAGACUCGUCAGGCCUUCACCUCUCCCGCGGACAUCGCGUUUGAUGUGUGCUUUGAGAACCAGCUCGUUUCGCACAACGCCGUCACCAACCCCUACCGCUCUAUCGAACUCGACAUCGACGUUGGCGCCGACGCCCGCGACUGGUCCAGCAUCCAAGCGCAAGAGAAGCUCAAGCCCGUCGAGACCGAACUACGCCGCAUUGAAGAAAUGGUAGCCGAGGUUGUGAACGAGAUGGAGUACCUGCGUGCGCGGGAGCAGAAGCUGCGGGAUACCAACGAGAGUACCAAUGAGCGAGUUAAGUGGUUUGCGUUUGGGACGAUGGGGAUGCUCAUGGGGCUGGGGGCUUGGCAGGUUGUUUAUCUGCGGGCUUACUUUAGCGACCAUGAAAACGACAAAAGACUACGCCCGGACACAUCGCUCGCCCCCGAGCAUCGCAAAAACCAAACCUCUAAGCCCCCUAACCAAGCCAUCCCCAACACCACCUCCACCAUGACCGGCGACUACCCGAAAGUCGGCGCGAAGAGCGCGCCUCCGGAGAUGCUGAGCUCGGUCGAUCCAAACUACAGACCUGCGGAUCCGUAUCCCGGACGGGUUGAGCAUUUCACGGGUGGACGGCAGGAAUCUGGGGCGCAGAAGCCGGAGCUCGGGGUUGGGGAGAUGGAGGGGAUUAAAUUUAAGGUUGAGCCGUUGAAGAGGAAGGGGGAGGAUGCGGCGACGAGGAGGGCUAGGUUGUUGUAUCAGAGCCGCAAACGCGGAAUUCUUGAAUCCGACCUCUUGCUUUCUACCUUUGCUGACGUCUAUCUCCCCGAGAUGACAACCCAGCAACUUGAGGAGUACGAUCGCUUCCUCGACGAGAACGACUGGGACAUCUACUACUGGGCCACGCAGGACCCACCUGCCGAGUCUGCAGCCACUGACGGCCAGCUCGCAGAACAGCAGACGCAGACCCAAGACACCGUCACGGAGACCUGGAAGCGCACGGGAGCCAAGAGCGGCGAGUGGGCGCAGACUCAUGGCGCCUUCAGGGCUGCGUAUCGGCCUGUUCCGUCGCGGUGGGCGGAGUCGGAGGUUUUGAGGCUGUUGAGGCAGCAUGUGAGAGAUAAGAGCGCAAAGGGGUUUGAGUCUGCAAAGAAUAAGAAGACUGCUGGUGGAGGCUUGGGGAGGAUGCCGAAUAUCAAGACUCCGAUCAUGGCUGAGCAGCUGGUCCUUCGCGGCACCCUCGAGGGUCACAAUGGCUGGGUUACUUCCCUGGCUACCUCUUUGGAGAACCCCAACAUGCUGCUCUCGGGCAGUCGCGACAAGUCCCUGAUCAUCUGGAACCUUACCCGCGACGAGCAGGCCUACGGUUACCCCAAGCGCAGCCUCCAGGGUCACUCUCACAUCGUCUCUGACUGUGUGAUCUCCUCUGACGGUGCCUACGCUCUUUCCUCCUCGUGGGACAAGUCCCUCCGUCUCUGGGAGCUCGCCAGCGGUGCCACCACCCGCACUUUCGUCGGCCACAACAACGACGUCCUCUCCGUCUCUUUCUCCGCCGACAACCGCCAGAUUGUCUCCGGUUCUCGUGACCGUUCCAUCAAGCUCUGGAACACCCUGGGUGACUGCAAGUACACCAUCACCGACAAGGGCCACACCGAGUGGGUUUCUUGCGUGCGCUUCAGCCCCAACCCCCAGAACCCCGUCAUCGUCUCUGCUGGCUGGGACAAGCUUGUCAAGGUUUGGGAGCUCGCUUCCUGCCGUCUCCAGACCGACCACAUCGGUCACACCGGCUACAUCAACACCGUCACCAUCUCCCCCGACGGUUCUCUCUGCGCCUCCGGCGGCAAGGACGGUACCACCAUGCUCUGGGACCUCAACGAGUCCAAGCACCUCUACUCUCUCCACGCCGGCGAUGAGAUCCACGCCCUCGUCUUCUCCCCCAACCGCUACUGGCUCUGCGCUGCCACCGCCACCAGCAUCACCAUCUUCGACCUCGAGAAGAAGAGCAAGGUCGACGAGCUCAAGCCCGAGUACAUCGAGAAGGGCAAGAAGAGCCGUGAGCCCGAGUGUGUUUCCCUGGCCUGGAGCGCUGACGGACAGACUCUGUUCGCUGGUUACACCGACAACAAGAUCCGUGCUUGGGGUGUUAUGUCGAGGGCAUAGAUGGGAGAUGUCGUGAUGAUGAAUGGAAGCAAUUAAAAAGUGUGUGGAGGGGACCUUUUUUCUUUUUAAUCUGUUUAUUUAUUAUCAUGUCUCUAUUUUGAUAUAAACAGAGCAACACUACAAGCAAAAAUUCUCAAAAAAGAACUAAAAAGACAUGCGGGCUGGCAUAUAUCGGAAUGUAUGAGCCAUGAUGGAAUGACAGUAAACUAU